AAUGGAUUUGAAAAUUGACUUGUAGUCAAUAGUUUUUUCAACUCUUUGGACAUAUAAAUACGGAUAAAUGAAGCUCCAUGUUUCUAUGAGAAAAAUAAAUUGGCUAUAAGCGAUUGCCUGAGAGAGAACACAUGGGUCGUUUCCUUCUUAUUGUUACAUUGUCUUUUUGCUCUUUAAGGUUAUGUUUUGCUGGGGAUGUUUUCUCGUUCUCUAGCGAGCUCAAGGACUCGGAGACACUCGUCUCCAAUCGCAGCACCUUCAGGUUUGGUUUCUUCAGUCCGGUUAACUCCACGGGUCGCUACGCAGGAAUUUGGUUCAAUAAAAUUUCUACGCCGCCUGCGGUGGUUUGGGUAGCAAACAGAGACAGCCCGAUCAAUGACUCUUCAGGAGUGAUUGUGAUAUCCAAAGACGGGAAUCUCGUGAUUAAGGAUGGUCGCGGACGGGUUCACUGGUCGACAUAUUUCUCACAACCAGUAGCUGCUAACACCACAUAUGCAAGGCUUCUGAAUACAGGGAACCUUGUACUGCAAGGAAUUUCAAACAGUGGAGAUAAGAUUCUGUGGGAGAGUUUCCAGCAUCCUCAAAAUACAUUCUUGCCAACAAUGAUAGUUUCUACUGAUUCAAGAACAGGGAGGAGCCUUAAGCUUGGAUCUUGGAAAAACCGUUUUGAUCCUUCGCCUGGUCGCUACUCUGCUGGUGUGAUACCUUUACCAUUUCCGGAGCUUGCCAUCUGGAAAGAUGAUUUUAUGGUGUGGCGUAGCGGCCCGUGGAAUGGUCAGUACUUUAUUGGACUACCAGAAAUGAAUUUCGGCGUCAAUCUUUACGAGUUUACCCUUGAUAAUAACAACCAAGGAUCCGUCUCCAUGUCAUAUACCAAUCAUGACGCGCUGUUCCAUUUUUUCUUGGACUCCGAUGGGUAUGUGGUGGAGAAAUACUGGAACGAGGGUAAGCAAGAAUGGAGGACCGGGAUACUGUUUCCAUCAAAUUGUGAUAUAUAUGGUAAAUGUGGCCAAUUCGCCAGUUGUCAAUCCCGGUUAGAUCCACCUUGCAAGUGCAUUAGAGGGUUUGAGCCGCGUAGUCAUGCGGAGUGGAACAGAGGAAACUGGACUCGGGGAUGCGUAAGAAAGAAGCCGUUGCAGUGCGAGAGACGAGACAAUAAUGGAAGUAGAGAGGGUGAUGGGUUUGUGAGAUUGAUAAAGAUGAAGGUGCCCAACAAUCCACAGCGAUAUAAAGUCAGCGAACAAGACUGUCCUGAAAGCUGUCUGAAAAACUGUUCUUGUACGGCUUACACUUACGGCCAAGGGAUGGGCUGUCUUCUUUGGAGCGGAAACUUGAUCGAUAUGCAGCAGUAUUUGGGCUCUGGUGUUCCUCUUUACAUCCGUCUGGCAGGUUCAGAGCUCAAAUCCUCAAGCAAUCGAUCACUUGUGAUCGCAAUCACGUUGGUAGGGUGCACAGUUUUUGUCGCGGUGAUUGUUCUGUUGGCACUGCGGAAGUUGGUUAAGCGCAGAGAGAAAAACAGAAACACAAGGUUACUAUUUGAGAGGAUGGAAGCUUUAAAUAAUAAUGAGCCUGGAGCAAUACGUGUGAAUCAAAAAAAGCUUAAAGAGCUACCAUUGUUCGAGUAUCAAAUAUUAGCUGCAGCAACUGACAAUUUCGCUAUCACAAACAAGCUCGGGGAAGGAGGCUUUGGUUCUGUUUACAAGGGGAAAUUACGAGAAGGGCAAGAGAUCGCUGUGAAGAGGCUAUCACAAACGUCUGGACAAGGACUCGAAGAAUUUGUGAAUGAGGUGGUCGUGAUUUCUAAGUUGCAACACCGGAACCUCGUCAGAUUGCUUGGAUUCUGCAUUGAAGGAGAAGAAAGGAUGCUGGUCUAUGAGUUUAUGCCAGGAAAUUCUUUGGAUGCAUAUCUAUUUGACCCGGUGAAGCAAAGAAUUCUUGACUGGAAGAAGCGGUUUAACAUAAUCGAUGGGAUUUGCAGAGGUCUUAUGUACCUUCACAGAGAUUCAAGACUAAGGAUCAUACACAGAGAUCUAAAAGGCAGCAAUAUCUUGUUAGAUGAGAAUCUCAACCCGAAGAUAUCUGAUUUUGGGCUUGCCAGGAUUUUCCGGGGGAAUGAGGAUGAAGCAAGCACCCUUAGAGUGGUUGGAACAUAUGGUUAUAUGGCACCCGAAUACGCAUUGGGAGGAUUGUUCUCAGAGAAAUCUGACGUUUUCAGCUUAGGGGUCAUACUCUUAGAGAUUGUAAGUGGGAGAAGAAACUCAAGCUUCUACAAUGAUGAGCAGAAUCUAAAUCUUUCAGCUUAUGCAUGGAAACUAUGGAACGAUGGGGAGAUUACCACUCUCGUGGAUCCGGCCAUCCUUGAAAAGUGUUUUGAAAAUGAAAUACGCAGAUGCGUGCACAUUGGACUGUUAUGUGUACAAGAUCACGCAAAUGAUAGACCGAGCGUUUCAACGGUGAUUUGGAUGCUAAGUAGUGAGAACUCAAACCUUCCACAGCCAAAGCAACCCGCGUUUAUUGCUAGAAGGGGCACUAAAGAAGUUGAAUCUUCGGGACAAAGCCACCCAAGAGCAUCGAUCAACAAUGUGAGCCUCACAGAAAUAACAGGACGUUAGCUCUGUAAGUGAGAUAAACAUACCUUAGCUUUGACAGAAUAUAUAGUUAUAUAUCUGUAUAUGCAAGAGUAAUUUAUAGGAUAAGAAGUUAUAAAUUUAGAAUCUGGUAAGGUUAUUGUAUGAGGUCGCAUAAAUAUAUAGAACAUGUGUAUUGUAAACAGAGCAUCUGAGAAAAUUU